AUGGACAGUGAGGGCAUGGACAGUGAGGGCAUGGGCAGUGAGGGCAUAGACAGUAGGGGCAAGGACAGUGAGGGCAAGGAGAGUGAGGGCAUGGACAGUGAGGGCAUGGACAGUGAGGGCAUGGACAGUGAGGGCAAGGAGAGUGAGGGCAAGGAGAAUGAGGGCAUGGACAGUGAGGGCAUGGACAGUGAGGGCAAGGAGAGUGAGGGCAAGGAGAGUGAGGGCAAGGAGAGUGAGGGCAUGGACAGCAGGGGCAAGGACAGUGAGGGCAAGGACAGUGAGGGCAAGGACAGUGGGGACAUGGACAGUGGGGGCAUGGACAGUGGGGGCAUGGACAGUGGGGGCAUGGACAGUGGGGGCAAGGACAGUGGGCACAUGGACAGUGGGGGCAUGGACAGUGGGGGCAUGGACAGUGGGGGCAAGGACAGUGGGGACAUGGACAGUGGGGGCAUGGACAGUGGGGGCAUGGACAGUGGGGGCAUGGAUAGUGAAGGCAAGGACAGUGAGGGCAUGGGCAGUGGGGGUAUGGACAGUGGGGGCAUGGGCAGUGGGGGUAUGGACAGUGGGGGCAUGGGCAGUGGGGGUAUGGACAGUGGGGGCAUGGGCAGUGGGGGUAUGGACAGAGGGGGCAUGGGCAGUGGGGGUAUGGACAGUGGGGGCAUGGGCAGUGGGGGCACGGGCAGUGGGGGCAUGGGCAGUGGGGGUAUGGACAAAGGGGGCAUGGGCAGUGGGGGUAUGGACAGAGGGGGCAUGGACAGUGGGGACAUGGACAGUGGGGGCAUGGGCAGUGGGGGUAUGGACAGAGGGGGCAUGGGCAGUGGGGGUAUGGACAGAGGUGGCAUGGGCAGUGGGGGUAUGGACAGUGGGGGCAUGGACAGUGGGGGCAUAGACAGUGGGGGCAUGGGCAGUGAGGGCAUAGACAGUGAGGGCAUAGACAGUGAUGGCAUAGAUAGAGGGGGCAUGGACAAUGGGGCAUGGACAGUGGGGGCAUGGACAAUGGGGCAUGGACAGUGGGGGUAUGGACAGAGGGGUCAUGGACAGUGA